ACAACAUAAACAAUCCUAAAUUCAAGAGCUGCUCGCGCUUCUGUUUAACUAAUAAUUGUGCAUACAUAUAUCUCUGGUCGAGUAUUUCUAAAUAUAUAGAUUGGUAGAUAGCUUUACAAUCGCAUACGAGGCUUACGCUUUCAGUUAAAAGUGCAAUAACUUGUUAAUGUUUACAUAAGAUGGCAGCUAAUCCAACAACACCAAAAAUGACGAGCACGCUGCAAGAAGGCAUCCUAGUUGGAUGCGGCAAUCCACUGCUGGACAUUUCCGCCAUUGUGCCGAUGGACUUUUUGAAGAAGUAUGAAAUGAAGGAGGACGAUGCCAUCUUGGCCGAGGAGCGACACAUGCCCAUCUAUCGGGAGCUGGUCGAUGGCUUCCAGGCGGAGUUCCUGGCCGGCGGAUCUGUGCAGAAUUCCCUGCGCAUCGCCCAAUGGAUAUUGGGACAGCCGAAGGUGGCCGUCUUUUUUGGCUGCGUUGGCGAGGACGAGUAUGCUGAUAUACUAAUGGAGAAGGCCCGUUCCGCGGGACUGGACGUCCACUAUCAAAUCAAGAAGGACGUACCCACGGGCACCUGCGCCGUUCUCAUUACCGGCACACAUCGAUCGCUCUGCGCCAACUUGGCGGCGGCCAACAACUUCACCAUCGACCAUUUGGAUCAGCCCCUCAACAAGGCCCUGGUGGAUAAUGCUUUGUACUACUAUAUUUCGGGCUUCUUUCUCACUGUGAACCCGCCCAGCAUAAUGCAAGUGGCCGCCACUGCCCUUGCCAAGCAGCGACCGUUCCUAAUGAACCUCAGCGCACCAUUCAUAUCACAAUUCUUUAUGGCACCGCUGCAGGCCGUCAUGCCCUAUGUGGACAUAAUCUUUGGCAAUGAGGCGGAGGCGCAUGCCUUUGCUACGGCCCAGGGCUGGCCGACCGAGGAUCUGCGCGAGAUUGGCAAGCGUCUGGUGGCGCUGGACAAGCUGAAUCCGGCGCGACCUCGCAUUGCCAUACUAACGCAGGGCUGUGAUCCCGUGCUGCUCAUCCAGCGGGACUCGGUUGAAGAGUUUCCGGUCACACGAUUGGCGGUGCAUGAGAUUGUCGAUACCAAUGGCGCUGGGGAUGCAUUCGUUGGCGGUUUUCUGUCGCAGUUUGUGCAGGGCAAGUCCCUCGACGUGUGCAUACGGUGUGGCAACUAUGCUGCUGGACAUAUUAUCAAGAAUCCUGGCUGUACGUAUACGGGUGAGCCGCAGUUUGUCGAAUAAAGAUGAUGAGGAGAAGGAGGAGGUAAAGAACCAGGAUGAGUCGAAAUGGCAGAGGAAGACACUAACACACACAAAUACACAUACACAGGUCUCUGCCACAGAAAGUACGCAAAGCGCAGCAAGAUUUGCAAUUGUUAAUUAAGUGAAUAUUCUAUAAAAGAGAGUGACUAAGACAUUUUUGUUAACACUGAUAAUUGUUUGUACAUACAUUUAACCAACACUCCCACACACACACACACACACACACACCCAUGCACAGAGCGAAAGACACUAACUAACAAGUAUAUAGUAUCACGGAGGAACGUGAAGGAGGAUCGGCUUGUGUUUCAUAUAGAUAGAGCAAUAUUCGAAUUUAAAUUGAUAAUAAAACAAAAAUGACACAAGCAACCGGAGAACUAUCCACAUGUCAACAUUUUGCACAGCUUCAAAACUCGAUUCUUUGACUUCUCGAAAAGAAUGUAGAGUCGUUUUGGUACUUAUUAGUCAGUUCGGUGUCUGCCUUUGCGUUUUAUAAUGUGCGUAUAUGUAAGUAACCUUUCAAUCAAGAUAGAAAAAACAUUAAGGAUAUGUUAAAUUAUCAGUUAAAUUAUUAUCGUAAA